AGGUUUAAACAAACGAACACGUGCAAAAUAUACCCUAUGAAGAGCUACGGUAGUAUUUAAAUGUGUUUUAAAUAUUGAAAUUGUCCGCAUUAUGUAUUUUCUGACAAAUCACAGCAAGGGUAUAAACUCAGGCACGCGCUGUCUAGAUCGCCGAUUGGACAACAACAAAAUUCGCAAUCAAAAUUCUUCGGACUUCAUCACAUCUUCAAAUCAAGACGCUUCGAUCCUGGGGGAGGUCUUCGGACUAUCGAACGACCGGGUGCCACGCUGUGCUCUCUCGGGAAUUGGGUCGAGUGAACACAGCUGGUGGUAUCUCAGUUGUUCCCUAGUCUUCCGCUUGUUGAAGGACGUGGUACGAAGAACACUAAAACUGGCCAUUAAACCUCGAGGGAAAACAAAAAAGAUGAAGAUAUUUUUACUUCAAAAAUUUAAGACUAGCGUAGAAGAAAAGCUGCUGUUAUGUUGAAAAAAAAAGUCUAAAUCUAAUUUUAAGAUUUACGCUUUAUAGCUUAUACAAAAUGAAGUUAAGAAAAAAGUAUUAUGUUAAAAGAAUUGAAGUAAUAAUUGAAGUUACACCUGAUGGUAAGUUGCUACUGCAUAUGUAUUUACCCAGACCUAGGGUAAUAACAAUUUAGGAAUUUACUGUAAAUGAAUUUAUUUGUAUGAUUUAAAUUCCGAUCUUAACUACAAUAUUACUUAAUUCUUAUUUUUUUUUAUAGGAUAAGGGUGACAAACGAGCACACAGUCCACCUGAUGGUAAGUGGUCGCUGCGGCCCAUAGACAUCUACAUCUAUCCUCGUUCGCGAAUCAAAAUGCAGAUGCGUUGUCACCCGUGAGAACUAAGAUGGAAUGCCUCAUUUCCAGUAAAAAGGGUCUCCGGUUCUCUACACUCACUAUACGAAACACAGCAGAGUUAAGCUGCUAUUUGACGCUGGUAUUCUGUAAGAGCGUGGUCCUUCCCCGGUCGAGCCGACCCAUUCGUGCUACAACUAUACUACUAAUAUAGCUGCAGCAUGGCUCUACCACGUAUCUACGACUGUCGCCGAAUCAUUUACUUAAACGUGUACAAAAUAUUUUACAUUUCACAAGUGUUAUCAGGUGUACAUAAUAUCAAUAGUUUUAAAAUGUAAAAUAUUUUAAAGGGAUACUUUUAAAUAUUGUAAAAUAUUUUAAAACGCAAUAACAUUAACAGAAUUCCCCCACGGAUGCGGUUUUCUUAAUACCAAGGAGUUUUAAUUAAAAAAAAAAAAUAAUUAAUUAAUUUUUAAUUGAUAUUAAGAAAACCGCAGAUCUGUGGGGAAUUUCUGUUAAUUGCGUUUAUGAAAUAUACAAAUGAGAGCGUACUUAAGGAAAUAAAAUAGCUGCAGUAAUUUUUAUUUCUAAUAUAUCUGGUGUUAUUUAAUGAAACAGUAAAAUCAUACCUUUAUUUAAUUUUAAUAGUUCAUUAGACCCCACUAAUUUAAGAUCUAUUUUUAUACCUACCGCCAACAUUUUGUAAAACUUCGGAAAAAAUAAUAUUCUUGAUCAUUGUUAAACUAUUUAAUAUAAAUUAAUGUAACAAAGGAAUCUCUUGACAAAUGAUGGUGGUGUUAAGCUAAUUAAAUAACUUAUUAAUUUUAUAUAGGUUAUCGAGUAACGAGUACCUAACUCGACUCCAUAAUUAUUUCUUGGGGCAAUGUAUAUAUGCUUUUACAACAAAAUCCCAGAAAAUAAUCAAAGUUAAUCCACCAACAAUUAAAAAAAAAAUUAAGCAGUGAUUUUAUAAAAAGGAGUAUUUUAAUAUUAAGGAAUUUAUGGAUAAUAAUUACCCCUGGAAAUUAGAUGAUCAAAUAUUAGAAAUAGGUUGGCGCAAUUAAGCUAUUUCUAAUAUUUGUAUACUUAACUGUACAAUAUUAUACAUACAUGACUGUUAUUUUUUUAUUGGAUAAUAAAUGUUAUAAAAAUAUCUUU